AUGGAAAAACAAAGAUUGACAGCUCAACUUUCAUCUCUACGUGUGCCGCUUUUUAGCGUUCCCUGGCCAGGACAGUGCUCGAACAAAGCGGAGGUUAUUGAAGCGAGGAUGAUGAAGUGGGCUGAUGAGCAUAAUCUGCUGGUGACUGACGAAUAUCGCAAUCGUGUGAUACGCACGCGUUACGGCCUGCUCGCGGCGCGAUGCUACCCAAAUGCUGGCGAGGAAUUACUCCAAGCCAUUGCGGAUUGCUUGGUGUGGUUUUUUCUCGCCGACGACUUGUUUGUUGAUCGUGUGGAGGUAGCUACGGACGAAACCAUACGCAAUUUGACGGCCAUGGUGGAUGUUCUUGAUCUCAACGUUGCUGGGUCACCGCCAGUAUUCGGCGAACUUGCGUGGCUCGAUGUCUGUCAGAGGCUGCGACGUCUACUGCAGGCCGAAGCCUUUGAGCGAUUCGCCCAAGGAAUGCGGCUGUGGGCAACGACUGCGGCCCUUCAGAUCCUCAACCACCUGCGACCGACAUCUGUCGGCAUGCGAGAGUAUCAAACUAUCCGUCGUCAUACAAGUGGAAUGAACCCCUGCACUUCUCUGGCAGAUGCCGCCAACAAGGGCUCGGUUCAAGCUUGCGAGUUCUAUGAUGCAGAUGUGCAGACGCUUGUCCGUCAAACCAACAAUAUUGUCUGCUGGGCAAAUGACAUUCAGAGCCUGCGUAUAGAAAUUCACCAGCCUGGUCAAUUUAGAAACAUGGUCACAAUAUACGCUCAGCAGGGUCAGUCUUUACAGGAUGCUGUGGAAACCACAGCUACUCGUGUGAAUAAAGAAAUUGCCAGCUUUUGCGAGUUGGCGGAUGCUGUUACUGCCCGACCUAUUAGCGAUGAGCUACACGGUUUGAUCGACGGACUCAAGUACUGGAUACGAGGUUACUUGGAUUGGGUCGUGCAUGACACGCUGCGAUAUGCGGACCAAUUUAUCGAGAGUGAUGCCGAUGAUCGUCGCUUUUGA